AUGGACCUUUCCCAACCGUACGGAAACAGCAUCAACGACUACAUAAGGGGCGAUGAAAUGCCCUUGCAGUACUGUUCAGUCGACGAUGCUGUACGCCUAGUCGUGACCGCCGGCAAAGGCGCAGUGAUGGCCAAGAUGGACAUCAAGUCCGCGUUUCGCCUCAUUCCUGUCAGACGCGCCGACUGGAACCUGCUGGGGUUCAAGAUUAGCGGUGAGUACUUUUUCGACAUAGUGCUACCGUUCGGUUGCCGCUCUUCACCUUAUAUCUUCGAAUUCUUCUCCCUUGCUGUUCACUGGUGUGUGGGAAAGAGAGCACGGCUAGUUACCUUGCUACACUACGUAGAUGAUUUCUUUUUCGUUGGCAAACCUCGGACGAUCGAGUGCAGUCUGCUCAUGCAGUCUAUGGAGGCAGUGUGCAGCGAGCUUGGGGUGCCAUUAGCUCUGGACAAAACAGAGGGCCCCGCCACUCGGCUGACAUUCCUCGGCAUAGUGCUUGACUCGGUGGCGCAGACUCUCAGCCUGCCCAACAAUAAGCAGCUAGACAUAAUGGAAACCCUCAAGAAUUGGGUCGGAAGGGAAUCCUGUACCACUAACGAGCUGCAAAGUCUGAUCGGUACAUUGUCUUUUGCCUCAAAAUGCGUACCAUCCAGUCGGCUGUUCACGAGGCGAAUGAUAAUGCUGCUUUCCGCCUUCCAUGGACGUUCCACUAUCACUCUCACCGACGACUUUCACAGUGACCUGGAUUGGUGGAGAACAUUUCUGCCACAAUGGAACGGCACGGCCCUCUUCCUGGACCCGGACUGGACCACCUCUGACGUACUGCACCUUUAUACAGACGCAUCCGCCACGCUUGGUCUGGGAGCCUUUUAUCAAAACGAAUGGUUCCAGCUUAGGUGGCCAAAGUGGAUCCUGCAACGCCCGCCAUCAAUUGAGUACCUGGAGAUGGUUCCCAUCCUCCUCGCGGCUAUUGUUUGGGGGCGGAAUUUGUGGCGACGAAAAAUCAUUUUCCAUACUGACAACGCCGGCGCUGUGGAGGCAUGGGCACGCCUGCGCUCCAGCAGCCCGGGCGUCCUUGAUCUUAUGCGGCGCUUGACGCGGGCGGCGGCAGAUAAUAAUUUCACCCUAACCUUGAAACACGUUCGCGGCGUUGAUAACGGAAUAGCUGAUGCCUUAUCUCGUUUUCAGACGGAGCGGUUCCGAAAGCUGGCCCCUCAGGCGUCGCAGUCGCCUACACCAUGUCCGGACAUUUUCGGGAGCCUGCAGGAGUCUUACGACCAAACCCGACUCUGCAGCGCCUCCUCGGCGCAAACAUUUCCUCAUCCUCCCGAACGACAUACGAUUCUUCGUUGA